UUGAUUGCAGGGUGGACGCAGGUUGCACGGGUGUGGUAUGCUACAUUUUCUUGUUUAUGUUCCUCGCGAGCAGAAACCUUGCACAACGUCGUUGACAUAUCUCGCUGUCCUCUGAAAACGAUAGACGUUUUACUUGGGUUAAACGAAAUUGGGUUAUAUGACUAAGAAGAUGCUGGCUGUGUGAGUAUAAAAGGGUAAAUACGACGACAGAGCGAAAAAGCCACUGCAGUAUUUUUUUUUCCUCUGCGGCUUCGGCCCGCUCUCGUGAAGGCAUUGGGCUUUUAGAAACGUACGUUUUCAGACAAAAUCGUUUUCUGACCCCGAGGAAAACGUGACAACGUUUUGGAUAACGGAAAGAUGCUGUUCGCGAAACAGUCGUGCAAAUAAGCCAAGGAUUUCGUGACCAAACAUUAAGGAAUUCAAGAACUGGCUGCCGUGUAGUGUACAUAACAAGAGAAGAAGUUGCUGCAGGAUGAAAACAUGGCUGCACCCCUUGCUGCACCGCCAGGACCUGACAGCUUCAAAUACUUUACCAGGGAAUCUCUGUGUGAAAUCGAGAAGCGCAUUGCUGAGGAGAAAGCCAAACCGCCACCUAAACCAGACAGCAGCUACCGCGACGAUGAUGAUGAGAACAAGCCCAAGCCUAAUGGUGACCUGGAGGCAGGAAAGAGUCUGCCCUUCAUUUAUGGGGACAUCCCUCCUGGCAUGGUGGCAACACCAUUGGAGGAUCUCGAUCCUUUCUACAUGAAUAAGAAAACAUUUAUAGUCCUAAAUAAAGGGAAAACAAUCUUCCGAUUUAGUGCCACACCUUCCUUGUACAUGAUAAGCCCUUUUAAUCUCGCUAGGCGAAUAGCGAUUAAAAUUUUGAUACAUUCAGUAUUCAGCAUGUUCAUCAUGUGUACGAUUUUGACCAACUGUGUGUUCAUGACUUUUAGUAAUCCUCCUGAGUGGUCCAAACAAGUAGAGUAUACCUUCACUGGAAUUUAUACGUUUGAAUCAGGUGUGAAAAUCAUUGCCCGUGGAUUCUGUAUAGAUGAUUUCACAUUCCUUAGAGAUCCAUGGAACUGGCUGGAUUUCAUGGUCAUCUCAAUGGCAUAUGUAACAGAGUUUGUGGACCUGGGGAAUGUAUCUGCGCUGAGAACAUUCAGAGUUCUCCGAGCAUUGAAAACUAUCUCUGUCAUUCCAGGUCUGAAGACCAUUGUUGGCGCUCUGAUCCAGUCGGUGAAGAAGCUGUCAGAUGUGAUGAUCCUCACCGUUUUCUGCCUCAGUGUCUUUGCCCUCAUUGGUCUGCAGCUCUUCAUGGGAAAUCUGCGGCACAAGUGUGUCAUCUGGCCCAUCAACAUCACAGAACUAUACCAGGCCAAUGGCACCCAUGCAUUCAACUGGAAUGAGUACAUCAUGAACGAGACCAAUUUCUACGUCCUGCCGGACCAACUUGAUGCUCUUCUAUGUGGAAACAGCUCUGAUUCAGGUCGCUGUCCUGAAGGCUACACAUGCAUGAAGGCUGGUCGCAAUCCAAACUAUGGGUACACCAGCUUUGACAGUUUUGGCUGGGCUUUCCUGGCUCUUUUCCGCCUCAUGACGCAGGACUUUUGGGAGAACUUGUACAUGCUGACCCUGAGAGCAGCGGGGAAAACAUACAUGAUUUUCUUUGUGCUGGUCAUCUUUGUUGGCUCAUUCUACCUUGUGAAUCUGAUCCUGGCUGUGGUGGCCAUGGCAUAUGAGGAACAGAACCAGGCCACUAUGGAAGAAGCGGAGCGAAAGGAGUCAGAGUUUAAGGCCAUGCUGGAACAGUUGAAGAAACAUCAGGAGGAUAUGCAGGCGAAUGCCAUGGCGACAUCGGCCGGGACGGUUUCUGAGGACGUGGUGGAGGAUGAUGGUGAUGGAGGGGGGAACUUGUCCUGCAGCUCAUCUGAGAUGUCUAAACUCAGCUCCAAGAGUGCCAAAGAACGGCGCAACCGCAAGAAAAAGUGGCGGCAGAAAGAGCAGGAAAAGGAGAAGGGGGACAGUGAGAAGUUAGUCAAAUCUGAAUCGGAUGAUGGAAGCAGGAGGAGCAGAUUCCGUUUCCCUGACAACCGCUUAGGACGUAGGAGUUCUAUAAUGAACCAGUCUCUGCUCAGCAUCCCAGGCUCACCGUUCCCGUCAAGACGCAACAGUAAGAGCAGCAUCUUCAGCCGCUGUAAAGACGGAGGCUCGGAGAACGAGUUUGCAGAUGAUGAGCACAGCACGGUUGAGGAGUACGACGAGAGGCGCGAUUCGUUCUUAAGCCCACGUCGCAGCAGCUACACUGGAUACUAUGGCAAGCGCAACAGCACUGUGGAUUGCAAUGGAGUGGUGUCUCUCAUCGGGCCGGGGCCUGCCGGACGCCUACUGCCUGAGGUGAUAAUAGAUAAGGCAGCCACUGACGACAGCCCAACCACUGAUCUUGAAAUAAAGAAGAAGCUCUCAGGCUCUCUAAUGGUUUCCAUAGAGCAGCUUAACACAUCAUUUGGGCGUAAGGAGCGAGCCAACAGUGUCAUGAGUGCAUUAACAAACACAUUGGUUGAGGAAUUGGAAGAGUCUCAGAGGAAUUGUCCACCAUGCUGGUACAAAUUUGCCAACAAGUUUCUUAUCUGGGACUGCGGCCCUGUUUGGAUGAAGGUUAAGGAGAUUGUGAACCUGAUUGUGAUGGACCCUUUUGUAGACUUGGCUAUCACCAUUUGUAUUGUGCUGAAUACUCUCUUCAUGGCCAUGGAGCAUUACCCUAUGACGCCGAAUUUUGAGCAUGUGCUGAGUGUCGGAAACCUGGUGUUUACUGGUAUCUUCACUGCCGAAAUGUUUGCCAAACUGGUUGCAAUGGACCCAUACUACUAUUUCCAGGAAGGCUGGAAUAUUUUUGAUGGCUUUAUCGUGAGCUUGAGUUUAAUGGAGUUGGGCUUGGCCGAUGUAGAAGGUCUUUCUGUGCUGAGAUCAUUCCGAUUGCUGAGAGUUUUUAAACUGGCUAAGUCAUGGCCCACCCUAAACAUGUUGAUAAAGAUCAUCGGUAACUCAGUGGGAGCUUUAGGGAACCUGACCCUGGUGUUAGCCAUCAUCGUCUUCAUCUUCGCUGUGGUGGGCAUGCAGUUGUUUGGGAAGAGCUACAAGGACUGUGUGUGCAAGAUCAAUGCUGAUUGUGUGCUGCCCCGCUGGCACAUGAAUGACUUCUUUCACUCAUUCUUAAUCGUGUUCCGGGUGUUAUGUGGAGAGUGGAUUGAGACCAUGUGGGACUGUAUGGAGGUGGCUGGACAGGGAAUGUGUCUGAUCGUCUUCAUGAUGGUCAUGGUCAUAGGGAACUUGGUGGUCUUGAAUCUGUUCCUUGCCUUGCUGCUGAGCUCAUUCAGUGCAGACAACUUGGCAGCUUCUGAUGAUGAUGGUGAGAUGAACAACCUGCAGAUUUCAGUCAUUCGCAUUAAGAAGGGAAUUGCCUGGGUAAAAGUCAAAGUUCGAGAGCUGGUCAACAUCAUCCUCAGGAGGAAGGUCACAGAUGAGGCCAAGCCGCUAGAUGACAUGUACGACCAGAAGCUGAACUGUAUUGCCAAUCACACAGGCGUGGACAUCAGUCGUGACCUGGACUAUCAGAAAAAUGGCAAUGGAACCACCAGUGGUAUUGGAAGUAGUGUGGGCAAGUACAUGAUUGAUGAUGACCACAUGUCCUUCAUCCACAACCCCAACUUGACCAUUUGCGUGCCCAUCGCCGUGGGCGAGUCAGACUUUGAAAAUCUCAACACAGAAGAUUUCAGCAGCGAGUCUGAAGCUGAGGGCAGCAAAGAAUUGGAUGACAUCAGCUCUUCAGAAGGCAGCACCAUAGAUAUUAAACCAGAAGUAGAGGAAGCAGUGGUGGUGGAGGCAGUAGAGGAAUAUGUUGACCCUGAAGCUUGCUGGACUGAAGGUUGUAUUGCCCGCUACAAGUGUUGUGAUGUGCCCAUCACGGAGGGCUGGGGUAAGAACUGGUGGUUCCUACGGAAAACCUGCUAUCUCAUUGUGGAGCACAACUGGUUUGAAACCCUCAUCAUCUUUAUGAUCCUCCUCAGUAGUGGAGCAUUGGCUUUUGAGGAUGUGUACAUUGAACAGAGAAAGACAAUCCGUAUCAUUCUGGAGUAUGCUGACAAGGUUUUUACCUACAUCUUCAUAUUGGAGAUGUUAUUGAAGUGGGUGGCCUACGGUUUUGUCAAGUACUUCACCAACGCCUGGUGCUGGCUGGACUUCUUCAUUGUCGACGUGUCUAUAAUCAGCCUUAUAGCUAAUGCGCUGGGCUACUCCGAACUAGGGCCCAUUAAAUCACUCAGGACACUAAGGGCCCUGAGACCCCUCAGAGCAUUGUCACGUUUUGAAGGGAUGAGGGUGGUAGUCAAUGCCUUGGUGGGUGCCAUCCCUUCCAUUAUGAAUGUCUUGCUGGUUUGCCUCAUCUUUUGGCUGAUUUUCAGUAUCAUGGGCGUUAACCUGUUUGCGGGAAAGUAUUACUACUGCUACAACGAAACGGAAAAGGCAUACUUCGAAAUUGAUAUAGUCAACAACAAAACAGAGUGCUUUGAGUUGAUAAAUCAGAACUUCACUGAGGUGCGCUGGAAGAACGUCAAAAUCAACUUUGACAAUGUGGGUGCUGGUUACUUGGCUCUUCUUCAAGUGGCAACCUUUAAAGGAUGGAUGGACAUCAUGUAUGCAGCAAUUGAUUCACGAAAGGUGGAAUUCCAGCCAAAAUAUGAGGACAACAUAUACAUGUACAUCUACUUUGUCAUCUUCAUUAUAUUUGGCUCUUUCUUCACACUAAACCUCUUCAUUGGUGUCAUCAUUGAUAACUUCAACCAGCAGAAGAAAAAGUUUGGAGGUCAGGAUAUCUUUAUGACAGAGGAGCAAAAGAAGUACUACAAUGCUAUGAAAAAGCUUGGCUCAAAGAAACCUCAGAAACCCAUACCCAGACCCCAGAACAAGCUCCAGGGGAUGGUGUUUGACUUUGUGACACAGCAGGUCUUUGAUAUUUCCAUCAUGAUCCUCAUUUGUUUGAACAUGGUCACCAUGAUGGUUGAGACGGAUGAUCAGUCAGAUGAGACUGAAAACAUUCUAUACUGGGUUAACUUCAUCUUCAUUGUGGCCUUCACCACUGAGUUUGUCCUGAAGCUGUUUGCACUGCGUCAUUAUUACUUCACCAACGGUUGGAACAUCUUUGACUGUGUUGUGGUCAUUCUCUCUAUUGUGGGUAUGUUCCUGGCUGACCUGAUUGAGAAGUACUUUGUGUCACCAACGUUGUUCAGGGUAAUCCGUCUGGCUCGAAUCGGACGUAUCUUGCGUCUAAUCAAAGGAGCAAAGGGCAUUCGGACCCUGCUGUUUGCCCUGAUGAUGUCACUGCCAGCCCUGUUCAAUAUUGGCCUUCUGCUGUUCUUGGUCAUGUUCAUCUUUUCUAUCUUUGGCAUGUCAAACUUUGCCUAUGUGAAGCGGGAGGCUGGCAUAGAUGACAUGUAUAAUUUUGAAACAUUCGGGAAUAGCAUGAUCUGCCUGUUCAUGAUAACCACCUCAGCGGGGUGGGAUGGCCUUCUUGCUCCCAUUCUCAACUACCCACCGGAUUGUGACCCGAAUAAGGAGAAUCCAGGUACCUCAGUGAAAGGUAACUGCGGAAAUCCUUCGGUGGGCAUCUCCUUCUUUGUCAUGUACAUCAUUGUCUCAUUUCUUAUUGUGGUGAACAUGUACAUCGCCAUCAUUCUGGAGAACUUCAGCGUCGCCACAGAGGAAAGUGCUGAUCCGCUUUGCGAGGAUGACUUUGAGUCCUUCUACGAAAUCUGGGAAAAGUUUGACCCCACUGCCUCCCAGUUUGUAACCUUUGCCAAGCUGAGCGACUUCGCUGACACUCUGGAGCACCCGCUGCGCGUUCCCAAGCCCAACACUAUAGAGCUGAUCGCCAUGGACCUGCCCAUGGUGAGCGGCGACCGUAUUCACUGCCUAGACAUCUUGUUUGCCUUCACCAAACGUGUGUUGGGUGAUAGCGGCGACCUGGACAUGAUGCGGGAACAGAUGGAGGAGCGAUUCAUUGCUGCCAAUCCUUCCAAAGUAUCUUUUGAGCCCAUCACCACCACUCUGCGCCGGAAGCAGGAGCACAUGUCUGCUUCGGUCAUCCAGCGUGCUUACCGUGCUCAUCUAAUUCGGAAAGGCUUCAUCACAAAGCGCUUACUAAGCAGCAGGCUGGAGAAUGGUGGGACCAAUCAGGAGAAGAAGGAGGGCACACCUUCUACUGCCUCGCUGCCAUCCUACGACAGCGUGACCAAACCCGAGAAGGAGCAGCUGGAGGAGAUUGACAGCAAGGACAAAAAAGUCAAAAACCAAAAAGAUGUCAAGGAGUCCAAGUGUUAGGAACGAUGGAGACCGAACUCUUGAGUCGAGACUGAAACUAUCUAUUCCAACAAAUGUAUAGAAAAUCAUUUGCAAACAAAAAAAAAUACAGAAAUCUUUGGGGAACAAGGUUGUUUACAGACAACAAAUGCACAGGUGCAACGGGAAAGAAGCUUGGUUUUUAACAGAUUUAAAGAUGACCAAACCAACCUAUGAGCUUACUGUAUUAAAUUUGUGCUCAGUGACCAAGAUUUUAUUGUUCCAACUGCAGCCGAAAGGCACUUACAAGGAGAAAUAAAACAAUGACCUAUGGUAGACAUCUUUGAUAGGGACCACCUGCCAAAGGACAAAGCAGUGCAAAGCAAGCUCAUAAGAUGGAUCCUUUUGCACCACCCAUGCGUGGAGUUCAGCAUUCCUCUACUAUGGACAUCCCUUUCAAACACUACACUGCCGAAAUCCCACGGAAACCUCCCGCUCAUCCCAGGAGGAAUCUGGGACAUUGUAUUUUAACCGUAGGAGAAACAGUAAUAACAAUGUUAACUCAAUCAUGUGGAGUGUCCGCGAAAAAAACAAAAAACAAAAAAAGAACAAAAAACAAAACAGAACAUUAUGCAAGGGUUUUCAGUUGUUGUGAUGAAUAUCUCACAUUAUUUGACCCACAAAAAGUAGGGAAAAAAGCUCAGCCCAUGUCUUUCAUCUCAUCAUCUCUUUGUUAUACAUUAAGAAAAAAUACAUUUUAUACAUGGGCUUUCACAUCGAUACUGGGUUGGGAACUUACUCAGAUCGAGUUCCUGGUAAAUAAAUAAUUAAAUGUGCUUGUUCAAUGCAUAGAAAUGACUUGCAUGGUGGCAUGUUUUGAUCAGGAAUCAUGCAUGUAUAAUCAUAGUCCACUUGACACUGCUACUCGAACCACAUCAGUGGCUUGACCAUACAUUUGAUACUGUCCACUAGCUAUUGAAUAGAUAUAGCUGGGAAAUGAUUGGUCAAUAGCAACAUAUUUAACUACUGGCUAUGACAAGUAUACUUAUACUUACCCCUCGUAAAGCUUGCUUCCUGAUUAACCGAUUCUCACACCAUGUGCGUAUUCUAAGGAGGUCGAUCAAAGCCAUGCCUUCGUUUGGAUAUACAAUGUGGCACCUGCACAUUCACACACCCGUAAAAAGGUGUUUCACUGCCCUGGACUUGAGAAGUUGGAAUGAAAAUUUGGGGAAACGAUUUCACUCGUAUCAAAUCUUGGGUUAAUAAACCUUGAUUUGCUUUUUUGCACCAGCAAUAUGAUUCAACUGCCCCACAAUGUGCAGCUGAGGCUUCAGUAGGGCCUUCAGUAGAUCUUCAAAAGGUACAGCCACCAUGCCAUUUAAACCCUUACAAUGCUUUGUCAGGCCUCGGUGGGAGGUGAUCUCUUCCAUUUUCCUGGAGCUACUUGUCUUCGUGUCAGCGCAUACUCAUGUUUACCAUUUAAAGAGGUUGUCAGUUGUCUAAGCAUCUUGGUUUGUCUUAAAGAUGUUGAGGAAAGCACUCGAGAAGCCAUUUUUGAAUGCAUCCUGAAGACAUAUGAUAGCUUUCUCCCUGCUGAAUGAAAAAAGUGACAGAUGUAUAUUUGUUAUAGCUUGGAUUAUACAUGUAAAUUGACCUUACACAGCAGAAAAACAGGGGAGGUGUCACUUUUAGAAUGAAAUGAUGAUGAGUACUUGUGUUGUCUGAUAGCAUGCAGUUUAUUUUAGCCAGUGAUGCUGAUACUACAAAUUGGCUCAAUGUUACCGCUUGAGCAAACUGCCAUUCCUUCUUGCUCUGGGGGCAAUAGAAACUGAUUUGAUUUUAUUGUUUCAUUACCUCUCCUAUUCAGUAAGGAUGAAUUCUCAUUUUGGUAUGGGUUAGCUCAGUGUGAGGUGUAAAGGUUUACCACAGAUAACAUAAUACAAUGCUAAUACACUGGUAUAGGAUUAUGAAAAAUCAUAUGAAAUCUCAAACUGCUGGGUCAAUAGACGUACGCCACCAGAGCCAAAAUGCGGGAGAGCACACCAGUUGACAAACCCAAUUCCUUUACUUUUCAGACCUGUAUGUCUGCUUACUGCCGGAGAUCUGUAAAUAAGUGACGCCUGGUGAAACACUUUUCCCCCCAACUUCCAUUUUAGUUCAGAUGUGAAACAGCAAUUCACUCUCACUGACUGUAUGACAAGUUAAUGUAUCAUUCAGUGUACAGGAGGGGGCUAUGAUGUACAUGGCACAAUUGCUGAAAAGAAUGAACUUUUUGAGGAAAACUAUAAGCAUUGUAAUGUAUUAUUUUCUUUUAAAUGGCAUGCUUUGUUGUGGGUUUUGUAAAUACAGAAUUUUAAAGAAUUACUGCUAUUAAUCUAAUAAUAAAUUAUAACGAUGAUAUAGAAUGGCUUCC